GAACAGAUAUGACGCGCGUCGUCCACGCUAUCACGUCUCCUGCUCUCAAGGCAAGAGUUCGUAUGUGAAGCAAGCGGUUGGAUUUCGCGUUCCCUGCGACACACGGCGGCGACGUAAAUGCGUUUUCUCACACGUUCACGCUGAAAGGAUACAGCCCGGUGAUUUCCGAACAAGCAGCUAUAAGCUAACAGCACCGCUUAACACGACAAAUCAACGUUUGCGUCGAGAUCACAGUUCGGCUUUUUAUCGGAUUCACAAAGGUACAAGAACUCAAAGACACUUUGAAGAAUUUUAAACGAGGGCCAUGUGGAAGAUUCUCGCAGUCUUCUGCGCACUUUGCGGCGCUGUCGCCGCUCAAGACAUUAAUUCCAGCGAGACCGUUACUACUUCUAGUCUCCGGGAGACGCUCUACAACACUUUCAUCAACACGGUCUUCGACAAGGUCCUCUCAUCUGUCGCCAAGUCCAAGGCCAUCGAUCCGGUGACCUUGCCGAACAUCAGCUACGCCUUCGAGACCAAGAUCAUCGUGAAGAUCACCGCGGAGGCCGCCCUCUACCGCGGAAUCCUGGAGGGUUUGUCCAGCCUGACCAGAACGGGCAACUGCCGUUUCGAGGUCGGGGAACGCGGCAUCGACAUCAAGGCGGACGUGGGCGCGGGGCCCCUGAACUCCAGCUUCGUGGGACUCGCACGCGCCAUGGGCUACGGCCAGGCGGUUACGGUGGACGUCAACAUCCGAUACCUUCAGAUACUUCUUGGACUUGCUCAGACUCCCGGAAGCCAGUUAGAGCUCAGCGAGUUCAAGGUCCAGCAAAUGAGGGGAGUGACCGUUGCCAUCCACGGCUUGGGGCUUUUGAGCAGAGUCUUCAACAAGGUGUCGGCUGAGCUCACCAACCUAUUCGAAGAACAGAUCAAGAAUGCCAUCGAGAGGAACAUUCGCGAAGCCAUGGCCGAACAGAUCAGAAAACUUAACGACAUUUCUUUCCUUUAGAUUGCCGCUUGCUACGCUACCCCUCUCUAAAACAAGCGAAAUUUUAUUAAGUCUCAUUUUGCUAUUGAAGUCCGUUUCAGAAACGGAGCGCCUAAAAAAAUAUAUGCAGGGUAAGAUGUUUACGAAAAAAAAGGCAGUUUGAUUUUUUAGUUCCAUAUUCCAGGGGAAAAAAAUAAACUGUCGAAUGGUGAAAACAACAUGCUCUCCCUGUAGGGCUCGUUAAAAUAUUACGCGCUGGAGGAAGACAGCCAUGUGCUUUAAGUGCAUUAUUUCGAACUCCUUUUGUUCACGUCCCGCCAAUUAAGAAACGUGGAGAAAGAGCACAAGUAUGCACCUGAUCUUGAUACAUCACAAUACCCUUGUUGUUGUUGCUUAUAUUGUAAUAAGAUAUAUGAAAUAGAACGAAAGAAAAAUAUAAUCCAAAAAAGAAAAGGAAGGCGUAUAGGACGAAAUGUUAGUCUUCCCAAGUUAGGGGCAGCUUUUUCGUCCUGUAGAGAAAGGGGUCGAAAAAACGAUUUAGGUGGAGUGGGUUAAAAGAAGAAGGGAAGACUGUUCAUUUAGGUUGAGAGUCUAGAACACAAUCCUGCUGCAUCCACGAAGUCCACAACCGCCUGGAAUGCAGCGGAUCGUCGGUCCUCGGUGCCUGUCUGGAACAGGAUUUUUCGCCCUGUGUUGGCAUUAAUGUCAGGCUGGCCGAAAGUUUCAAGUAAUUCUUUUCCGGGAUGCGCAUACGCCGGACAGGCUCAGAAGAUAUGCCCUAUGUCCUCGGGUUGGUCGCACGAGCUGAAAUUAUCUGUGUGUUUUUGCGAGCUGGUGCCAAUUAGUGUUGGUGUUUGAGUAGCCUGUACUCAAUCUAUGUAGCUCAGAUUCUUGUCUACAGCUAAUUGUUUUCUUUUGUAUCAGAAAUGGUGGAAACCCAGCUGCCGUCUCUGCAUCGGGGUGUUUUAGAACGCAGCUCUCAGGCGCCCGUUUCUGGCUUGAGCGGCGGCGCCGUUAACGUCGCCGUCGGCGUCGGUGCAACCGCGCGCGUUGAAUUAAGAAAAUAAUGCAACCGGGCGUGACCACGCGUUGCAUUAUGGGAAACCUUCCCUGCUAAAAUUAGCGGAAAAUUUUUCCGCUAAAUUUAGUGGUAACAUUUCCCCCUAAGUUUAGCAGAAAAUAUUCCCCGUUAAAUUUAUCGGAAAAAGUUUUCGCACUAGAUUAAUUGGAAGCAAUUUCACGCUAAAUUUACCGGAAAAAUCUUCCCGCUAGAUUGAGCGGAAAAAUUUCCCCGCCAAAUAAACAAAAAAGUUUUCCCACUAAAUUGAGGAGAAAAAUUUCCCCGCUAAAUCUAGUGUAAAAAAAUCCUCCUAAAUUUAAAAAAAGCCCCCCCCCCCCCCAAAAAAAAAAAAAGGAAAAAAAAUAGCGGGAAAAGUUUCCCACUGCAUUAAGCGGAAAUAUUUCCCCACUAAAUCUAGCGGGAAAAUUUCCCCGCUAAAUGGGAGGGGAGCAGGAGACGAGAAGUGGAGGGUACGGAGGGGGACAAGGGGCACGCCCUCGUCUUUGUACCCUCCCCUCCUCCUCCUCAAGAGCUGCGCUCUAAUUCGGUAUUACAGAGAUUUGUAACCAUCUUUCAUUUUUUGUUUUGCUUGGCAGAUUAUGAUGAGUGUGGAAUUGUACUGACGAACGGAAAGUGUCAAGCAAGUAUCUGUGUAAACGUCAUCAUAUUUGCGUAGGUGCUGAUUGUCCCGUUGCCAAUAAAAUGAGCCAUCAUCUCUGCGACUCCUUUUCAGUCGAGGAAGGUCGGCUAUUUAUGUCGCUAUUCCGAGGUGGUUGCCCUCUCGAUGUGGAGGUGGGACGGGCGGUACGUUCUCAGGACAGCCGAUGAUGUCCAGGAAGGUCUGCACCAUCUUGCCGACGUUUGAAGAACGCCUCGCAAUAACCGCUCUUAGCAGGUCCUUUGCAGACUCCGUGCCAAGAAGCCUAGAUAUCUGGCGCCUGGCCUUCUCUUCUGCCUGGUGUUGAAGGGGAGAAUCUCCCGCCUCAACCGGUGUGGGAAUUUUCUUUGAUGCAGCCGGUAUUCCCCCAAGACAUAUCCGGAUCGCUUUCCUGUGAAAUGUUUUCAGAAUCGUCCAUUGACGUUGUUGGAUAUUUAGAAGAGGUAGAUAUACAUGACCCUCUUAACUAUUUGACCCGGUAAAGUGUCAUCAUAUCUCUGCUAGGUGGAACCCCAGUUUUGAUCGGCUAUUCGGCACAGCGCUCCAAGUAACUUGCGCGCUUCUUUUAGCAUUUAUUGCACCGCUGGUCGCCAGUUAACUCGAUCAUCGAUCAAUGACUACAAAGAAGAAGACAUGUGGUCUUGUUCUGAUCCGGUUACCAUCAAUCUGCAGAGUAGAAUAUUUUCCCUUCAACCGACCCCGUGAUCGAUAUUUAAGAACAGAUUUUUUUUUUCGCUUAAUAAGGCAAGGAUUGUAUGAUAAAAAGAAAAUAGGUAGCAACAUUCAGGGCUUGUUGUAGAUUGGCUUGUAGGGCCAUGGAGAUGAGCGUGGAGCCUGCGCAUCACAAGGUUACUUAGUCUGCAUAAAUAGCCCAAUUGACAGGAACGGCUUCGCAUUGUGGGAGAACUAAGGAAAACCAUGAAAACAACCGUGUUAAAUAGUAACGGAGCGAGCACACUUCCUUGCGGUACAUCUUGGGUAACAGCGCGCGGCGUUCUUUUGUGUCCGCCCAUUCGUACUUGAAAUGUUCUACUACGUAGGAAGGAUCGAACGAAUCGUAAGGAUCGUCCUCUGACCCCGAUAAGCUCAAGGUGCUUAAGAAUGACACUAUGUGGAGGUGCAUUCAAGGCGCGGUAUAUGUCGAGAAAGACUACGUGGACAAGCUUUUAUUAACCUGAUCAAUGCAGUGUAGCUUUCCUUUUUAGCAUUUUUGUCGUUAUUGAAAUUUUUUAGAUUUUAAUAUUGCGCGUUGUUUUGAACUAUCUAUUUAUAUUGUUGGUUGCUGGCUUGUUCUGUUUGCGUGAGUUUCCAACUUAUAAAUGUGAUUUGUAACCCACUCCUCUGCUGGAAUGCCCCGGCACUGCAGAGUACAAAUAAAUAAAUAAACAAAUAAUCACUCUG